AUGAGACGAUUGGACUGCGUGUUGCAGAGCAAUGGCAAGUCUGGUGCCCUAUGUGUGUACAGACUCCGUGAUGGGUAUUCUCCACCUAUCCUGUACGAGUGCGAGUCGGGGGAUUUCAUCGACGAAUGUGGUUGCAUUACAAAGACCAGCAAUGGCUGCAGCUGCUCUGUAAACGGAGCUUCAUCUAAUGUGACUGUCGUCAAUGGCCAAUUCACCUGUGUUCCAGAUGACUCGGAGUCUAUGAAAUCUGGCGUACCAAUCGGCAUCCCUAUUGGAGUGACUCUGACCUUAAUAGUUCUGUUGGUGGUGCUGGUUGCUGGUCUCAUUUGGUGGAGAAGAAGGGAGAAGAGAAACAAUGAGGGAAAUGACAUGCCGCCGACAGAAAACACACAUGUGAUUGGGUCAGACACAUUUAAUGUCAAUCCAACAUUCGGAUUGGAUGAGGAUCAUCACGUGACUGAAGAUAUCUUGAAACCCGUGGCAGUGGUUGGCCCGAGACCCUUGAAGUCGGAUCCUAACAAUGUCCUUGCCGAAAUAAAGCCAAAUGAUCGGUCAGCCAGUGCAGCGGGAACCAGCGAAGGUGAGAGCUACGCCACCAUCCAAUCUGCUGGCUACACUCCAUACAAUCCCAAGGGACAGAAGGAUGUCUACACUGCCCUGCAGGGUACCAAGAACAGCAACGAAGACGGCAAUGCUCCCAUCCCGUCUACGGGGUACACAGCGUACAAGCCAAAGCGUGGCAAUGACGUGUACACAGACCUCAAGAAAACUGGGAACGAUGAUGAUGACGAUCCAGCGGUGUAUACACCGAUCCUAAACAACGGCCCUAAACAAGACAAAGAUGACCCUGAGAACGAGUACGUGGAUCCAGAGAACGUGACUGUAGCAGCAUCUGGUCAGUGGAAUGGUGCUAAGGGAGUCAAGGCACCAGUCCUUUUAUCCAAGCCCAAUAACCUGACGAAGGACAGCGGCUAUGUGGAUGUUGAUGCUCCUUCUGUUGUCUUCACUGAUGGAAGUAAGCCAUCGGCACGCACCAAGAAACCCUCUGGUGGUAGUGGGUACGUCAGUGUUGAUAGCCCCUCGGCAAGCUUCCAUAACAACCAAGAUGAGAACCCAGAAAACAACUACUACUUCAAACUAGAGGAGCCCACUGCAGAUGAUGAAGAUGACUACAGUCUGGCAAGUGCGCCUGGAGUAAACGACUACGACACCUUCAAUCGAGCUGGAGGUAAACGCCCUAGUGCGAAUUCCCCAACCGAUGACGGCGUCUACAACCUCACAAGUGUUCCAGAAGACAACGAAUAUAACACCUUCAAUCGUCCAGGUGUUCGGCGUCCAAGUAAUAAUGCUCCUACUGAUGAUGGCCUCUACAGCCUCACAAACCCGCCAGGCGAUGACGAAUACAGCACCUUCGAUCGGCUUGGUAAUCGAGGCCCAAGUGCGAAUGCCCCUUCCGAUGAAGGCGUCUACAGCCUCACAGGCCCGCCUGAAGGCGAUGUGUAUUCCACUUCCAACCGUGUCGGCAAGAAACCAACGCCAGGGGCACCAGCCAUAAAUAACGAGAGUGAGUACUCUACUUUGGACUGAGACUAUAAAUCAGGCAUUUCCCCAGUGGCGUAACUAGGGUUAAACUUGGGAUCACCUGGGGUGCACAAUGUUUUCAAGGGGCACUGAAGCAAGGCAACAGUGUUGUAGUCCAGUCCAGCACAAGUCCUUUCCCAAGUCCAGUCACAGUUCCAGUCACAAAUCUGUUCAUGCAUCCAGUCAGAAGUAUAACGGGAUGAACAAUGACAAA